GAUUCCCAGGCAAAAUGGGGUACUGCUACCAGAAAGAGGAAUGUCUGGACAUACAGAACAGAGAUCCACCACAGUGGCUGUUCAGCCAGGAUCGGUGGUGCAGAACUUCGGGCUCUUGUUCCCAGGACUAGACUGAAGCAGGACAGGAGAUAGUGGGUUGGGUGGGAGCAGAGCUCCAAGACACUCACCUGCUUGGUGAGGUGGAGGUCGGUGUGCAGGUCUAGGGAAGACUUGGCAUUGUUGGGAGCUUGGUGUGACUGUCUGUCUGUCUCUCUCCCCCUAGGAAAGCCCCAGCAUGGCACUGGAGCUCUUCCGGGUGUGUCUGGUGGUGGUGACAGCCAUCGUCAACCACCCUCUGCUGUUCCCUCGGGAGAACACCACCGUGCCCGAGAAUGAGGAGGAGAUCAUCCGCAAGAUGCAGGUGUACCAGGAGGAGCUGCAGCUGCAGCAGCUACGCCUGGAGGAAGAGGUGGCGCGGCUGGCGGCCGAGAAGGAGGCCCUGGAGCAGGUGGCGGAGGAGGGCCAGCAGCAGAAUGAGAACCGCAUCACCUGGGACCUGUGGAGCACUCUCUGCAUGAUCCUCUUCCUGGUGAUCGAGUUGUGGCGGCAGGACCACCAGGACGGGCCCUCACCCGAGUGCCUGGGUGGCACCGAGGACGAGCUGCCUGGCCUGGAGGGUGCACCCCUCCGGGGCCUCACCCUGCCCAACAAGGCCAUGCUCGACCACUUUCAGGAGUGUUGCAUACGGGGAGCCACAGCCGAAGCGGCUCGUACCCGUGAGUUUGUGGAAGGCUUCGUGGAUGACUUACUGGAAGCUCUGAGAAGCCUCUGUAACCGGGACACAGACAUGGAGGUGGAGGAUUUCAUUGGCGUGGACAGCAUGUAUGAGAACUGGCAGGUGGACAGGCCGCUGCUGUGCAAACUCUUUGUGCCCUUCACGCCCCCAGAGCCCUACCACUUCCAUCCAGAGCUCUGGUGCUCCAACCACUCCAUGCACUUGGAUAGCCAGGGUUAUGGCCAGAUUAAGGUGGUCCAGGCUGAGGAUAUGCUGGGCUGCAUCUGUGGCAAGACCAAACUUGGUGAGGACAUGCUGUGUCUCCUCCACGGCAAAAACAACUCGGUGCAGCUUGGCUGUGAGGCAGAAGACCCACUGUGUGCCCGAGAUUCCCCAUAUCUGGACUCAGUGCAGAUCAUGAGGUGGUUCCAGACAGCCCUCACCAGAGCCUGGCACCGCAUUGCCCGCAAAUACGAGUUCGACCUGGCCUUUAACCAGUUGGACACCCCAGGGUCCCUCAAGAUCAGGUUCCGCUCAGGCAAGUUCAUGCCCUUCAACAUGAUUCCUGUGAUCCACUGUGAUGACUCGGACCUGUACUUUGUCUCCCAACUUCCCAGGGAGCCCUCUGGGGGGACCCCAGCGUCCAGCACUGACUGGCUCUUGUCCUUCGCUGUCUACGAGCGACACUUCCUUAGGAUGAUGUCAAAGAGGCUGCCUGAGGGUGCCUGCCACCUCACCUGCUUGCAGAUCACCUCCUUUCUGCUCUCCAAGCAGAGCCGCCUGACCGGCCCCAGCGGACUUGGCGGCUACCACGUGAAGACAGCGCUGUUGCACCUCCUGCUCUCCCGGCAGGCCGCUGACUGGAAGGCUGGGCAGCUGGAUGUGCGUCUGCAUGAGCUGCUCUGCUUCCUGGAGAAGAGCCUGCUCGAGAAGAAGCUCCAUCACUUCUUUAUUGGCAACCGAAAGGUGCCCGACACCGUGGGACUGCCCAAGGCCAUUCGCAGGGCGCAGCCUCUCAACCUCUUCGGGCCGUUUGUCCUGCAGCGAAGUCUCUACCGCAAGACGGUGGACUCGUUCUAUGAGCUGCUCAAGAAUGCACCAGCACUCAUUAGCGAGUAUUCCCUACAUAUCCCCUCAGACCAUGCAAGCCUGCCCCCAAAAGCUGCUGUCUAAUAGCCCAUCCAGGACCCAGGACGCACGUCCACACCUCGGGGGCAUCAGCAGGCCCCGUCCUGGAAGAAUGGCAGGCUUUGCUGGGAGCCUCCGCUCCCAGAGAAGCCAGGCCCUAUGGUGCAGGGGAAACAGAAUUCCAAGCUAGAAGCUGGAUUACUUUCAUGCCAUGGGAGUCUGCUGGUGAGGCUUUGUCUGGGUUUGGAGACCAAUCCUUACAGCUUGCUUUUGGAUCGCCAAGAAUGGCCAGGAUGAUGACAGAACACUCU